AUGUGUGCCAACUCUGCAAACUCGCGAGUGACGCAGGACGACGCUUUCAUCGGCUGGAACAACGCGACCCCUCGAGUAAAGCAGGACGAUACCCUCAAUUGCUCGGGGGGCAACGGUGCGACCCCUCAAAAGUUGUCCGCGCUGGACAACUCUGCGCCUCCUCGAGGAGCGCACAACGCCACUCUCAAUGACUCGUACAAUCCGCCGCCUCACGAACGGUCAACGGCAGACUUUGCGAAGUCGCGAGUGACGCACCGCGACGCCACUCUCAUCGCCUCGCACGGCGACCCUCCGCCUCACGAUCUUUGCACGCACGACAACAACCGUUGGCGCGCUCGAGCAACUCAAGACCGACUAUUGACGCGCAAUUUUCAAGUCAACGACUCUUUCAAGGGCUCUGUGAGACACGCUCUUGCUGGAAGAGUGGACCUAGCAAAGCUCGAUGGGAAUGCCAAAGAGCACCUCACGCAUGCCAAUAUCGUGAUGCGCGGUGAGCGUCUCGCAAAGGAGUUCUUUGACGGCACGCCGUCGGGCGAGCGUCUCACAAAGGAUUUCUUCGACGGCACGCCGUUGCCAUGGACCAUCAUCCCGCUACCAUCCCCACAGAGUCACUUGUUCCGCGUAUAUUCAGCGCAGAUCAAGGGUCAAUUGGUGCGCGCAACCAUUUGCCUGGAGUAUGACCUCGAGGAAGCGGCCGCCGGCAAGUGCUUGCCAAAGGCACUGCUGGAUCGAGUGAACCGCGCCAGAUCCUAUCGAGGCAAUUCGACGCUCGAUCGAUGGAACGGUCCCAGUCACAACGCCACGCUUGAUUUGCGCGGCGGCGAUUUCGAGUGGGAUUUUGCCUUUGACCGCACGCACAGACUCUUUGUCUCUCAGCGCUGGAGUCUGCCAGGUCGAGCGAGAGAGCCGGAGCGCGAGAGAGCAAAAGGGGAGAGCGACGACGCGAGCGCGAGCACACGCAAACGCAAGCGAGGGACAAUGUGGCAGCAACCGCAGCUCGAGCUCUCUUCCUCCGUCGAGCGGAUCCUCGCACAAGCGCUGGCAGCGGAACAGCGACUCCAAGCUGCAUUGCGCGCUCUUGCCGACAGCUCCCUCGCACUUCACAAGAUGCGCCACUUGCGCGCCAAGCCCAGAAACGUCAUCGACAUCAAUGCCAAGCACAACAAGCUGCGUUGUCGACUGCAACAACAGCGCAUCAUCUUUCAAGAGGUGACUACAAACCUCUCGCUUUGGGCGCAAGCGCUCUCUCUCCCAGCACACCCCAUCGAGCCGUCUCGUAGCUGCGACGGCAAUGUCUUUGGUGCCUUGCACGCCCAUCUCCGAGCUUCAGGCACCAGCAGGGCCGCGCUGGACGGCACCAACUACAAUGUCGAGAUCAAAGAUUACCGCAAGUCAAUUCUGCCCUUUCUCUACGGUGUUGACGGCGGUCGUCUCUUGAGACGCAUGCGCGAGGCGAUGAGCGUGGGCUUUCCCCGCGUGUACAAAAAGUACAACGACGUUCAACUUCAUCCUAGUCUCCUCAAUGUUGCGCCAAAGCGUGCAUACCGCUCGGUGAUGACUGCGCGCAUCGUGCAAGAGAUGGAGCAACGUCGAGCGGCACUGAUGUCACCUUGGUGUUUGGCAGCAAUCAACAUGCCGACAACGUCUACGGGCAUGACUGCUCACCGCAACAAGCGAGAUGCGCAAUGGGGCUUGUGUGUCGUCACUGCGCUGGGCAACUUUACUGGAGCAGCGCUGUGCCUAGACGACGUGGGGAUAGCAAUCCACAAUCGCGCAAUGGACGUCACCAUCUUUCCCUCGGCACUGUGCACGCAUCGCAAUGCUGACACGCUUGUUGGGACGCGCAUGUCCAUCGUCGCAUUCACCCAGCAAGCUAUUCCGCAGCGCUACUCGCAGCUACCUACCUGCAACGACUUUCCAGUCUGGCUAAAUGUCCCUCGCCCGGUCAUCUCGGAGCGCUCCAAGAAUCGUCGUUGUACGCAAAAGGCCAAGCUUGGAUGGCAGCAGCAGCAGCAGCGCGGUGCAGAUGCGUAG